AUGUUCCCAAGAGGACUGCAGUUGUCGCAGCCCUUCAGCCGGUCACGCGUGAGACUGCCGACUGCCCGAUCCUUGACCACCCCCUCCAUUGCCUUCUCCACUUCUGCCAUCAGAUGCGGAGGCAGAAGGCUCAAGGAUAAGACUUCUACGGCCAUCACGAAUAAAAACACCGACCUCGCGUAUAAACAUGCUCGGGACGCCAUCCGUGGCCCUAGAAGCACCCACAGAAAGACCUCCGAUAAGGGGAGCCAGAAGCCAGAAUCCCAGUUCGAGCAAGAACUUGGGCCGGUUGUGAUCUCUCCUCCCCCAGGAAGAGAAGAGUUCGAGCAGCAACUCGGGCCAGUUGUGCUCUCUCCUCCCUCAGGAAGAGAAGAGUUCGAGCAACAGGAACCCCGUCCAAUCGACCGAACCGCUCGCUCCUCACCAGAAAAUACCACCGCGUUGCCAGAAAUACCUGAGCUGCAGGCCCACCCGGGAACCGUACGAAUUAUUCGCCAUCUAGCCCAAGACCCCCUCGAAAAACCACGAGUACGACGAGUCCCUUUCGGCGUGGGAGAGAAAGAAAAGCACCAGCUACAAGCCCGUCCAGCAGCACGACCUGUUAAUGGGCGAAAAGAAGACUUCCUUGGAAAGAGGGCUGUGGAUUCUCGGUCAGGCUCUGCGUCAGCUAUAAAGCCAGCAUGGGCUACUUCUCCGUCGGAAAAUCUCCAGCGGAAAAGGAGGAGCGCCGAAGCCCGCGCAGCCAACAAGGAUACAGAGACCGGUUUGGAAGAGGCGUUUCCUUCGGCAGACGAGCUUCAAGCAUGGUUUAAGGAAUUCACGUCCGAGCGAUCCAAUCCCGAAGCCACCACCGCCCAGUCAGCGCCGCUAGAGCCCCCCAAAAUGCGCGUCAAGAAAACCUAUGAACAUGACAAGUUGGACACUCUGGUAUCUUCAGUCAACGUGGCGGAGAAGAAAGCAGUUGAGCAGAGCAAGGAAGACGGUGGUCCAGCAAUCGUUGUGCUCAACAGUGUCUCCCGGUCCCUUCUGGAGUCCGACUUCCGUCACAUUGCCGGUCAUGGCCAGCAUGUGGACGGGUGGACUUAUGGCCUUGUCAAAGUUGUCCAAUCCAGAUCCCGAACCACGCACGAACCACAAGGGUGCUACUUCCUCUUCUUCGAUAACGAGUUGAACGCCCGAGCAUACGUAGAUGUUCUGGAACGCUUGCAUAACAAGUCACGUCAGGCUUUGCCAAAGGAAUGGCGACAGAAGGCCACGGGCACGCCAACACCUGCUCAACCUGCUAAGAAGCCAGAAGGCUCAGAAGGCGUGGAGGAAAGCGUCGACGAGCUUCCGGACGUGGAUGAACAGCAGGAAGAUGGGCCCGGCAGUCUGGGUCGGAAGUGGCGGGAGGACGACGGCCUGGACGCUGCUCGCUACACGUUACUGCCUCCUACGGCGCCCCUCCAUUGCCAAAUCUUUACCAGGGACAACAUCGUCGAAUUCGAGAACAUUCGGGAGGCAAGCAAGGGCCUGCGGCCUCAGCAGCUUCUUUCGAAACCAAAAUUCGCGCGUAGCGGAAAAGCCUCCUUUGUAGCCCCGCCUCCCAAGGGCCUCGUCGAUUACGCCGAAGACCCAGAGAUAGAGCACAGCAGAAGCAGCGUGCUAGUAUAUCUAGUUGGCACCAAAAUGACGGUCCGUGGCUUGCGCACCGCCAUCGAAAUCGAUGCCGAGGCGCGCAACUACCCGUGGCAGUUGCUUCAGGAGGAGGAAGUCCCAGCGGCGAUGACGACAAGAGCGACGAAGACAGAGACAGAGAAGGACGAAAGGGACCCAGCAAUCAAGCCCAUCUUGUCCACACUCUCGACCAUCAAGUUCAGCAAGUUCAACGAGCACAGGAUUGAACACGAGCUCGACGAGUUCUCGGGCGGGCAGAUGAAGGAAGGGGAGAUGCACGGGUUUUCACGGUUCGUGGUCUCGUUCGCGGACGUGAGCGAGGCGAGGAGGUUUGUCAGGACGUGGCAUAAGAGGGAGAUGCUGGACCCGAGGACGGAGAGGACUGUGAUUGUCAAUGUCACUUCCCUGUGGUAG